GUGUGUGUGAGGGGUUAGUGGGUGAGGGAUAUAGUGUUCUUAAAAGAAAAGCCAAAUGCCACAUCCAGUGACUCUGAGUGGCCCCUCACCCUGGGGGUUCAGGCUGGUGGGAGGCAGGGAUUACAGUCAACCCCUGACCAUCUCUCGGGUUACCCCUGGAGGUAAGGCAUCCACAGCUAACCUCUCACCUGGUGAUGUUAUAUUGGCGAUCAAUGAAGAUAGUACAGAAAAGAUGACCCAUUUGGAUGCUCAAAACAAGAUCAAAGCCUGUACAGACCAACUCAUUCUUACCAUCAACAGAUCUGAAAGCAAUCUGUGGUCCCCAAAUGGCUUUGAGGAAGGAAACUCACACCCCUUCAAAGCUAACCUACAGUCAGAACCACAGGACGACAAAUCUAUAGGGAGCUCCCAUAACAGAAAACCAAUGCCAUUUGCUGCUGGUGGAAAUAUAAUUGAGACCAAACAAUUGGUAAACGCACAGUACAACACUCCUGCGGCAUUAUAUGCCAAUGACAUCGUCGACACCACCUUACAGGGAAAGCUAAGUGGCCUUCAUGUCACUUCUCCUCAGAACACCGAACCACCAAAAUUGUCGCCAAAGACUUGGAAUGAAAUCGACACUGAGUCGGACGUCUACAAAAUGCUUCAAGACGGCAGUGAGCCAAUAUCAGAGCCUAAACAGUCUGGUUCCUUCAAAAUGCUGCAGGGCAUGCUGGAAGCUGAGCAGACAGGUGACAAAAGUGAAACUUCUGCUGUAACCAGAAGUGUCAAGUCCCCAGUAACGAAGCUCAGUAGUCCUCUGCCUCCGCCACAGAAGCUGCCUCAGUGCGUUAGAUGUGAGACUGGUAUAGUCGGUGCCAUUGUUAGGGCACGAGAGAAGCUGUACCACCCAACGUGCUUCAUGUGCUCCGACUGUGGAAUUAAUCUCAAGCAGAAAGGAUACUUCUUCAUAGAAGAGCAGCUAUACUGUGAGACCCAUGCAAAAGCACGAGUUCAGCCCCCAGAGGGAUAUGAAGUUGUAGCCGUGUAUCCCAAUUCCAGGGUGUGAAAGCAAACACCGAGAUGUGCUUUCUCGAUCUCUUCCCUAUUUAAAACCAAAACAAAAAAAAAUCUUGGCUUUUUAGACCUGAGUUUUUAAAGGAUCAAUGGGCCACAGGUAAAAUAUGAAUUUAAUGUCCAGAGUCUGUACGGAGUCAGAAUUGUCGUAUGUUCUUUAUUUUUUUUACCUGAUGGUGCUGACUCCACACGGGACAAUGAAAACUAAGUCAUUGUAAUAGUGCUUACAACACGCAGAAACUUAAGGGUCUAUUCUUAAUCAGCUAGGCUGUCCCAGCCAACACACAAUACUCUUUCAAGGCAAUAAUCUCCUGUUACGUUUCCAUUUUUUAAAAAAAGGACAAAAUCUAAAUGUGUCUUCCGAUUUGGAAAAAGCUUAAGAUCCCAUUGACGGCCUAUAGCUCCUUGAAACCUACAGCUUUAAUACGUUGGAUAGUUUUUUUAAAGAAUAAACAGUCUUCUCAAAGUCUUUUUUUUAAAAAACAAUCCAUGCAAAGGCCGGUUAUUUUCAUUAACUCUAAUGUAGACAGAAUACUUGCAGUUUAAUUGUUGAAUUGAUUAUGGAAGAAUAUCCAUAAACUCCUUUCUCUGGACUGGUGUGUCCAGGACUAGUGAUGUAUUCAUUACUAACAGAUUCUUUUCACAUGUCUUUGUAGCGGAUUAAGAGUUUGUUUAGCAUAUUGGAUUAUUAAUAGCUGUAAUAUUUCUGACAAAGAUCCAAUGUGUACCAGUAUAGAAUCAUAAAAUCGUACAGAACAGAAGGCCAUUUGGCCCAUCCUGUCUA